AUGUUACAUUAUGCUGCAAUAUAUUUUUGUGAUGUUGAUUUUGAUCUUAUUAAUUUUUCGUUAUCAUCACUCGUCAACAUGCAAGACAAUGAAGAGAAGACUGCUCUUCAUUAUGCAGCAAUUAAUGGUAACACGAAUUUUGUAAAGUGGUUGACUGGGAGAGCAGAUUUUGAAAUAAGUGAUAAUGAAGGGAAGAUACCUUUACAUUAUGCAACAAUAAGUGGUAAUGUGAAAACAGCGUAA